ACGACAGACGUCGUCCUUUUCGAUUUAAAAUGGCAAUAAAUCAACAUUUUUUUGUUAUUUUCUUUAUUUUCUCGUUUAAAUAAUCGUCGUCCGACUUUUUAGAUUUCACACAUACCGUCAACGGUGAUGCCGGAACGUCGUUGCUGACACACCGUGUCACAAGUACUCCGGAGCCGGCCGGUCGUUUUUCCACCAUCAAAUUCAUAUAUAAAGAUCAAUACAUGUUAAAACACAAAAAAGUUUCCGUGAAAAAAAUUUGCCCCGGUUGUGGCUUACAGUACCCAGUUGCUGUGAAGACUUGUACCAAAUGCAAGCAUUCAUUUUACCUGUCCAAAAAAGACAUUACCCCCAAAGUCGCCCCUGCCAAGGUGGCAGCGGCGGCGGUUGUGUCGGUUCAGGAAUCCAAAGAUGUUACAACCACUUCAACUACACGUUCAGACGGCCGCCGUAGAACUGAACGUGUACGCCGUGAAAAACCUAACUAUUACGAUGCCUCUGCAUUUAUACGUAAAACUCGGAAACGUACUGAGAAACCAAAUGCAAAACAAAAAGAUAAUUAUCAAGGUCGCCGAGGUGUACAAAUAUCACAGCCUAAAAAAGGUGUAGCAUCUUUAAAACAAAAUUAUAAAACAAAAGUCGUACAAGAUCCAGAAGACAAAAUAUAUCAUACCAUUAUGAAGAAUGAAAAAGCAAAAGUUUGUGCUAUCAUUCUAUCUGAAUUGAAUGAAAAGUUAAUGUUAACUUCUUGGAGGCCGUGAAGUAAAUGAUUUCAAGACUUAUUACAUUUUAGUAAACUAAUUAUAAGAUAUUCAAAAAUGUUUAAUUUUGAAUAGUUAAAUUAAAAUUUUCGGAUAGGUAAAAUUUCAAGUGAGAUAUAUUUAAAUAAAAUAAUCAAAAUUUCAAAAUUAGAUUUUAAUUUAAAAAUGUUUGCUAGUUACAUUUCACUAUUACCUGCAGUUUAAAAUUCUGAAUGAUUGAUUUAUAAAAGUAAGUAAAUAUUCUUCCUAAAAUACUUUUAUUGUAACAGGAACGUUUUGUUCCUAGUUAAUUUUUAUUAUUUAAUAUAUUGUAUUUUUAAAUUAAAAUGUGCCAUGCAUUUCCAAUUAUUCAAUAAGCAAUUAUUUAUUUUGAGAAUUCCUGUUAAAUGUAAAGUUAAAUAUUUCUUUAUGCCUGUAUAAAUGAUUUUGAAUGGGUAUUUUAUCCAUUUUAAUAUUUUGUAUCUUCAUUCAGUUAUUUAAUAAAAUUUACAAAUAAGGAUUAUAAAUUUUAUUCUCAUACAAUAUAUUGAUUUGUAAAUAUUAUAUUUUGAAAAAUGUAUGUGUUCGAAUUAGUGUUUAAUUUUUAUUUUAUAUUAUUUGUGUUUUAAUCAAGAUAACAUUGUAAAACAUUUUCUUGAUAUUUGUCAUUGUAUUUUAAUUGUAUUAAGACUUUAAUUAUGGCAUACAUUUUUUUCAUUAUUAUUAUAUUCAUAAUAUUUUUAAUUUUUAUUAUAACGUGUCAUGAUUAUUUUGUAAAUCAAUAUUGUGUUGAUUGGCGUUGUUAAUUGAAGACAAAUUAACAAAAGAAAGAACUGAGUUUAAUUAUACGUUUCAAUUUUAUAAAGUUAAA